UAUUGCAGAACUCUGGAACCGCUUGCCUUCAACUCUGUCCUGGUUUCCCGUACGCUCACCAAGCACCUCUACCUGAAAUUAUCACACGCUUGCAAAUUAGUUGACUGUUUCUGCCUCCACUUCCUUGUGUGUUGUGUUGAAACCUCGUUGUUCAUAGAUGCUUUAGUAACAAUGUCGGGCAGGUUUCUUAAGAGAAGAAUGUGCUUGGCGCAAACACAAACGAGAACGUUGGCACCCUCCACAUGAUGGUGAUGGCAGCAGCAGCUCCUCCUUUCGCGAGAAAAGGUCUCAUUAAUUAAGCAGCAGCCUCCAUCCUCGCACUCAUUGCACCUUUCACUUGGCUUCCCGUCAAUGCUUUAUGAUUCUGUGUUUUUUCCUCUUCGGCUUCCUCUGUUAUCAGCACUUGUUUCCUGCGUGUGAAGCAGCCACACAGGAGUGGCCACCGCACCGAGUUCCCAAUAUUGAUUGCCACUGACUUGUUUUGCCUGGUGACCGAAAUGCUCGGAGCUUACAUUGGUGAUCUCCCAAUUUUCCCAUCUUACUUUCCCCAGGAAUAACAACUCUUCACAUGUUUUGUUUCUGACCCUCCAUCCGGAGCAGGCGCCUUUCCGGAGCAAUGAAGGAUUGUAUCAUGGAAACAGUCACUCAAAUUCAUGGCAGAAGAGGAUGGUGGUGAAUAUGAAAGAAAGGUUAACUGAAAUGGAAUAAUAUACAGCCUGGACAGGAGAAGUAUGUCAAUCUAUGGGGGAAAAGUUGCUGCUGGAACAUUCCUUUUCAUCUUUGUGUUGUCUUUCACAUCAUAUUAUUGGAAGAGAAACACAAUAGAGUACGACAACAGAGAAAACAAUCCACCAAAACUGUAUGACUGCUUUCAUAGAGGUCAGCCUACCAGAGACACCAUCACGAGGCUCACAGAUAACCACAGCUUUAUCAUAGACCCGUAUUUCGACAACAGGACUGGGUCGCUGAUCCGUGCCAUUAGCAUCAUUCACUUUGAAAAAGUCAAAGAACUUUCUUGCGUCUUCUGCUGCCAAAGUGGAAGCAAGAUCCCCAUUGUGACGGCUGAGAUAGACUUCCACACAGACCGGUUUGAUUUCCCUUACGCGACGGCGGACGUGCUCUGUUUGGAACCGCAGAACUGUUCUCCGAAAUACAUGUCGAUUCUUCCCUCCCACGACCUGGAUUUUGCCCAGCUGCCGAUGUUCGAGAUCAAAAACCGCCACUCCGGGGAGCCUUUGCUCGGAUUCACGGUGUGCAUCUCGACAAUGUUCGGAGGCUUCAACAACGUUUUGCAGUUUGUGCAGUCGGUGGAAAUGUACAAAAUACUCGGUGCACAGAAAGUGGUCGUGUAUAAGAACAAAUGCAGCCGGUUGAUGGAGCGAGUCUUAGAACAUUAUGUCUCCGAAGGGGUGGUUGAAAUUAUCCACUGGCCCAUCGAUACGUACCUUCGGGCUUCGUCUUAUUGGCAUCACUCCAUGGAUCCCCAAGACAUUGGCUACUAUGGGCAAAUUGCCACCUUGAACGACUGCGUCUACCAUAAUAUGUACAGAAGUAAAUAUGUGCUGCUAAUUGAUACGGAUGAAAUUAUUCUCCCACUCAAAGAUGCAGAUUGGAAAUCUCUAAUGGAAAGGCUUGAAAGGGAUAAUCCAGGCGCCGGGGUGUUCCUGUUUGAAAAUCAUGUCUUCCGGAACAACGUCUUCGCUGAUACAUUGCCAUUCAACUUCUCUUCUUGGAGAAGUGUUCCUGGCGUGAACAUAUUUCAGCACACCUUCAAAGAGCCCAACAGGAAAGGGGAGUUUAAUAACAGGAAGAUGGUUGUUCGGCCAGAGAGGGUCGUUCAGACCUCUGUCCAUUCGGUGCUCAAGAUGUACGGAGUUGAUCCUGUGGCAGUUCCCAGCGAUGUCGCCAUUCUCUAUCACUGCAGGAGGCCUGAACGUGCGGAUGUGUCCAAGGAGGCCCUGAUCCAAGACCUAGUGAUUUGGAAAUACAAUGCUUCUCUGAUUGCAAAUGUGGACCGAGUCCUGCACAAAUGCAAUUGUUUGUAGGAAAAGAGGUUCCGCUUAAACAAAAAGAAUAACUUUGUGAAGGUAAGAGCCGUUCGGCAGUGGAAUAUGCUGCCUUGGAUUAUCGUGGAGUCUUCUUCUUUGGAUGUUUUGAAGCAGAUGUUGGAGGGCCAUCUGUUGGGAGGGCUUUGAUUGUGUCUUCCUUUGGUGCAGAAUGGGUUGGAUUAGAUGGGUCCUUGGGGUCUCUUCCAACUCAAUGGACCCUUCCAGACUGGCCCUAUAUCCCAGGAUCUGAUCCCA